AUGGAGUACUCGCAGGACGCAUGGGGCAAACAGUCGCCGCUGGAUGCGUCGCCGUCGGCGUGGUCGGUGUCGGAGACGGCAGGGGACGUGCCGAGCGGGGCGUCGGCGACGACGGCCAGCGGGCACAACGUGGAGGGCAGCGGGGCGCGCAGCAGCCCCUACUCGGAAGCGAGCUACAAUAACGUGCUGAGCGACCAGGCCAUCGAGCGGAUCCGGCGGCAGCAGAACCAGAACAAGCUGAUCCACCUGGAGCCUAUCCCGGACUUCAAGGACAAAAACGACAUCAAGCCGUGGCUGCAGAAGAUAUUUUACCCACAGGGCAUCGAGAUAGUGAUCGAGCGGUCCGACAAGAUCAAGGUGGUGUUCAAGUGCAAGGCGUCGAAGCGGACGAAGAGCGGGUCCGCGCCGGGCUCGCAGGCCGGCGCGGCGGAGGACGAGCUGGGCGGGCAGUACGAGACGCUGCCGCUGUCUCCGGUGGUGACAGCGUCGCAGCUGCGCAAAAAGAAGCGCGCGGUGUCGCCGUACAACACAUGUCCGUUCCGGGUGCGAGCGGCGUACUCGCUCAAGCGCAAGCGAUGGAGCAUCGUGGUGGUCAACAACGGGCACUCGCACCCGCUGAAGUUCAACCCGGACUCGGCGGAGUACCGAAAGUUCAAAAAUAACCUGCGGCAGGAGUGCGACUGGGACGCGGUCAAGAAGUUCGAUGAGCUGGAGUACCGCAGCAAGUUCAACCUGCCCACGGAGCCGACGCCGAUACCCUGUGACUGCGGGCUGACUCAGGAGAUCGAGUCCUUCAACGUCAUUCUGCCCAGCACCAACAUCCUGGGCUCCUCCGCGCCCGUCUUCACCGAGAAGAAGACGGUCUCGAAGCCGCGAUGCCGCAAGACGCUGCAGCGCGACCGCUGCUCGCAGCUGCGACGCCAGAGCACGCAGUCGAAGCUCACGCACGAGCUGCACACGGCGCUCAGUCCGACGCUGGGGUCGUCAGCCGACACCCUCGGCUCGCCCGUGCGCUACGCCGCGCAGGACGCAGAGGUCGACUUCACGGAGGUCUUCCUGCGCUCGCUGCCGCCCGCGAAGCCACUGCACUCCGCGCGCGCGCCCGACGCCGCGCGCGACAGCUGGCACGCGCUCGAGCAGCUGCUCGACGACCCCGCGGACGCGCCGCCCCGCACGCCGCUCCCGUCCGCGUCCGCAGACUGCGUCAACCCGCUGCUGCACUUCGCGCAGCGCCCCGCGGACGAUCCCGUCGACUCGCUCGCCUACGAGCUCAACGCGCUCAGCGCCAUGGACUCUCCGUUCGCCCGCCCCGCGCCCGACGCCCAGUUUCUCUGGGAGGACCCCAAGUAUUUCCCCUAG